AUGGCGUCGCACGGUGACGCUGCGCCGCCGCCGACGCGGCGAUCGCGCAAAUCGAUUGCAGUAGCCCCUACGACGGCGACUAGACGAGACAAGGACAACGCGACCAGCGAAUCCAGCGACAUGGCGGCCGCGCGUAAGAAGUCGCGCAGCAAGAGUAUGGGGCCAGGAGGGUUUGACGCCCUGAAGUCGGGGACGGGGAACCGCAGAGCUUCCCUCGCCGUCUUCACAGGACCGCCGCCCAAGUCGAUCCUGAAGCCCACAUUACCGCCCCUCCCAGAUAUCCCAGCAUACCGACCGAAGCCAGGCGAAGGCACUAAGGUGGCGCUUCGCACCGAAGAGGAGCAGCAGGCGGCGGCGCGCGAGCGGGAAGAGCGGGAGCGAGCCGCCCUGGAGAGGGAGAUCGCCGAGCGCAGAGAGGCCAGGCGAAAGUCGCUGGCUAACCGCCGUGUGUCUUUUGCCGCGGAGGCGACCCUGCACACCUUCCAUGAGAUUGAGAUGCAGGAUUCGACUACGUCCACGGAAUCGUCCCGUCGCGCGUCGUCCGUUGCUUCGCAGUCUCCUGGGCAGCAUCCUAGCUCUGAUGCCGAUCCUUCGACGCCGAACGAGCGUUCCCAUGAUUAUUCAGAAGAGUCCCCGGCUGAUAGCAGGAGAAGACGGAGUUCAGGGGUUGGGUCUACGACGGGUAAUGAUUCGGAGAGCGGAGCGGGAGACCAGACGGAGGAUGAUGGCACCAGCGUAUUGUCAGCCGAAGAGAUGUCGUUCGCCUCCUUGGCGUCGCCGCCGCGCCGGGCUACUAUUAAUGAUGAUGACCUCGACGAUAGCUUGGAGGAGAAUCUGCGGCUUGCUGUGCGGAGGGCAACGCUCCAAACACUCGACGACGACGAGGAAGCCAUUGCCGGGUUUGGCUGGGGUCGGAAGCACCGGGAGAAUAUCACGAGCAGUCAGGGGGCUAAAGAGAGUGAGCCGGCAAGCACGAAUAAUCAUGAGGAUAAGGCUGAAGAUGGCGGUUCCAACCUGAUGGACAUGGAAACCGGCAUGGAGAUGGACAUGACCAACGCUAUGGGGAAGAUCCUGAGCACCAAUGCCAACGCCGCUUCGAAGGCGCCAUCACCUCCCAAGGAGGACGAAGAUGAGGAGAUGGAUGAGGGCAUGUCCAUGGACGUAACCGCAGCCCUCGGCGGCAUCCUCGACAAAGCCAAGGCCUUCCUGCGCCGCAAGUCCUUCUUGCCCGACAACAACCCCCAGUCAGAAGGCAGCGAGAAUGGCGAACAGACAAUGGAGUUCACCACCGCCGUCGGCGGCAUCCGUGAUUCUCCUGCCAAACAUCCCUCCUCGGACGGCACCCAAGCCGAGAUCGACGCUAACGAAGAGAUGUCCAUGGAAUUCACGGCUGCCGUUGGUGGUCUUCUGGGGGCCAACUUCCUCAGCAAUGCGCAAAACUUUCGUAGACGCACAAUGGCCGCCGACAUUGACGACAACGAUACAAUGAUGGAUUUCACUGGCGUCAGCAGGCUCCUGCCGGGAGGUGAAGAUGAUGAAGAGGAAGAUGAGCCAAUGGAGGAGACCGGCAUGGACAUGACCACCGCAGUCGGGGGCAUCAUCAAACCAUCUGCCACACCCGAGGCCAGGACGCCAGCUAGAAAGGGCAUGGAUCGCGAGGGCAGCGAGCCGGCCUCUGUAGCCCCGACUCCGGCCGAGAAGCCCGUGUCCUAUCCCAAGCUUCAAUCCUCACAGACUGUACCCGACAACAGCCUAGCCGCCUUCCAAGGCAAAGGCCUGCGUCGCACGCCCCCUCGAGCCCUCUCUCCCGGCAGGGAAUCCGCCCAACCAAGCAGCUCCCCCAUGCGGCAAACUCCCUCCCCCCAACGAACCGCCGCAAAGCCAAGGCAGAGACAAAGCCCUACGCGCAGCUCCCCCCGCCGAACCGGCUCCAGCUCCCCCAUGCGUCUCUCCCCUUCCCCCGCUAAAACCACACCCCGCGCAACGACUCAAUCCAAGCUCUUCCGCCAGGACCCUCACACCGGCUUGAACACACCACGCGUGAUCCUUACCCCCCAAGGCCGCCGUCUCUCCGGGCAAGGCGCAGACCGCCCGGGUCUAGGAUCCCCCCGUGUUGCAGAGAUCAUUGAUCGAAGGUCGUCGAUUGGUGAGGCGGCGGAGGAGUUUGUCCCCACGACCGUUGGCGUGCCGGGUGGGGCGGGCGCAGGUGCGGGUGGGAAGAGGAUGGUGGCGUUUACUGACCCAAGGGUUAUGGAGGAGGAGAUUGAGAAGGAGAAGGAGGAUCAGGAGAUGGAAGGGAAAAAUAUUAGGGAGAUGAUUUCGGGGCUGAGUCCGAAGAAAAAUAAUCCAUUGAGGGGCAGGAAGAGUUUACAUGUGGGGAGCGCAGUUGGGUUGUUAGGGAAGAGGCCAAAGGAGUUGGAUAUGGAUGAAGAGGAUGAAGAGGGGUCUGAGGAGUUAAUGGAUGGGGUGAAGAGGUUGAAGGGCGUACAGGGGAGUCCGGUGAAGAAUAUUAGGCUUGGGUCGCCGUCGGGGAGGAGGACACGGCAGAGUAUAAUGCCGGGAGGAGAUGCGACCACGCCGAUGGUGCCGAAUUCGCCCCAGAGAGCGACAACGUCGAAGGGUAGGGGCGUGGAUGAUCAUCAGCAGCCGCCGACUAUGGAUCUGCAGCAGCAUCACGGGGCUGUGAAUGAGGCUGAAGUGCAGCAGGCGGCUGCUGGGGAUGGCGAGCAGCGGAUUCAUCUGCAGGAUUUCUUGAAUAUGACGGGGAUUCAUUUCAUGGAGCUCACGGCGACCAAGAGGAGGCAUACGACGGCUCCUAAUGCGUCCAAAGAUGGAGGUGCCCCUGAUCCGAAGGAUGUCUCUCUGGAGCGGUGUGUCGUCGCUGGGGCGUGUAUUGUCCCCCAGUUGGAGAUGUAUCAGCAUGCCUGUCGCGAACUCAAAAAAUACAUCUCCGAAGGGCGACGCAUCAUCAAAGAAAUUGAGGUCGAAACCUACGAAGAUAACCCGCCCCUCUUCCGCGAGUACAUGAAUGCCACUCCAGAAGUCAAAGCCCUUAUGGACAACCAAUUCAAGAACGUAAAAACUCACGCCCGGCUGCUCAGCAAAGCGAUGUGGUACGAGUGGCGCACCAAGCUCAUGGAAGGCCUCAAGGAAGGCCUCCUUAAGACCGCCGAGGGGAUGGACAACGAUGACAAGCUUCUCAAGAGACAGGAGGAGCUCAUUGCGUCUGUCCUGCCGGACAUGGUCAAGCGGUAUAACGAGCUCGAAGCGGAAAAGGAUAAUCUUGAGGCUGUGGCGCAGGAGCUGGCGGAUACCGAUCCGAAGGAUCUGGAGGAUGCAAGGAAUGAACUGCUGGCUGUGGAUAAGGCUAUACAGGAGAAGGCUAAGAAGUUGGAGGAGAUGCGUAGGGAGUUGGAGGAAUCGGAUAAGAAGAUUGAGCAGCUUACCCAGCAGAAGCAGCAGUAUCUGGAGGAGAUCCGUGAGGCGGAUAGGAUACGGGAGCAGUAUCGCGGUUGGUCGGCGGGGGAGAUUGCUAAGCUUAAGGAAUCCAUCGAACGUCACCACGGCUGGGCCGUCCUGCGCAUCACCAACAACGCCCUCCUCACCCUGCGCUACAAGCGUGAGCUCACCCUCACCUUCGACAUCGUCUCCCCCUCCAGCACAACCCCCACAAUCGACUUCCUCCACUCGGACACAAUUCCCCCACCGGAAAAAGCUUUUUUCUUGCAUCACCUCCGCGCACACAUCGCGCGACACGCACCAUGGUCCGAUCCAAAACGGCUUAUCGCAGUCGUCGCGGCGGGUUGGGACCGCGCCUUGCAAGUGGCGGAGUAUGUCCGCCGGUUGAGGCUCAGUUUUCCUACCACUACGGCAGUUAUCACCCCCUCUUCUUCUGAAGACUCUGACUCUGCAGUGGCGGUAGCGAUCGUAACAUCCUCCAUUCUCCUCCCGACUUUACGUACACGCGUCGAAGUCUUUUUCAAACUCUCCCUCUCCCCUUCCAGCACCGAUGACUUCCCUGAUGUGUCUGUUGAGCCUGACGCGAAGGUGGUGUAUGGCGAGGGAUUUGUUAAGAGCGGGAUGGUGGAGUUCUUGAGGGCGAGAGUGGGGAAGAGUUUGACGGUAGAUGACGAUAAAGGAUGGGAUGAAGCGGUUUUGGUUCUAAGGAAGAGGUUGUUGGGGGGAUCGGGAUCGGGAUCGGGGUCGGGGUCGGGGAAGAAGGGGAGGAGGAGUAGUGUUAGGAAUGCUGGGGUUAGUGAAGGGGAACCGAUGGAGGUUGAUGGUUAG